UUCGAUUGCUCCUCCCUAGUCCUGUGCUGACUCACUCCUUCGUCCCUCAGAGAGUUAGAAUCGCGAUAGCAGAGACUAAUGGCGGGAAUUAUACCUCCGGUGAGCGACGCAUCGAAACAGCAGUCCGGUAAACCGGCGGAGAAAGUGGAUUACUUAAACUUACCUUGCCCUAUUCCCUAUGAGGAGAUCCACCGCGAAGCCCUCAUGUCUUUGAAACCAGAACUUUUUGAGGGAUUGCGAUUUGAUUUCACCAAAGGACUAAAUCAAAAAUUCUCACUCAGUCACAGUGUAUUCAUGGGGUCGACAGAAGUUCCUUCACAAUCUUCUGAAACCAUAAAAGUCCCUUCUGCUAACUAUGAGUUUGGUGCGAACUUCAUAGACCCAAAUUUGAUGCUUAUUGGAAGGGUGUUGACGGAUGGUAGACUUCAUGCAAGGGUGAAGUGGGAUUUGUCUGAGAAUCUCACUUUGAAGGCUAAUGCCCAGCUGACAAACGAACCCCAUAUGUCACAUGGCAUGGUCAAUUUUGAUUUUAAGGGUAAGGACUACAGGUCUCAACUUCAAGUGGGAAAUGGUGCCUUAGUCGGAGCUAAUUACAUACAGAAUGUGACGCAGCAUUUAUCUCUGGGUGGUGAAGUAUUUUGGGCUGGUCAGCACCGAAAGUCAGGCAUUGGGUAUGCUGCCCGGUAUGAAACUGAUAAGAUGGUUGCUACAGGGCAAGUUGCUAGCACCGGAAUGAUUGCUUUGAGCUAUGUUCAGAAGGUAUCAGAGAAGGUUUCUCUAGCUACAGACUACAUGUUCAACUGGCUGUCAAGAGAUGUGACCGCAAGUGUUGGUUACGAUUACAUACUUAGACAGUCUCGUCUGAGGGGGAGGAUCGAUUCAAAUGGAUGCACAGCUGCUUUUCUUGAAGAGCGAUUAAAUAUGGGUCUCAAUUUUAUUCUCUCUGCUGAGAUAGAUCAUAAGAAGAAAGACUACAAGUUUGGGUUUGGGUUGACAGUUGGGUGAUGGACUUGAAUUUGUAGUCAUUUUCUACAUGGAUACUAGGGAAUUAAGCUCUGACAUUAGCCACCCUCCAUUGAAGAGAUACAAAAAAAUGUUUUGAAUUUAUUGGAGUAAUGUUGUUAAGUUUCUGAGGCAGCACUGGCUGCUGCAGCAGUUUUAACGGCUGUAUUUUCCCCACUUUUUUUUUCUGUAGCAUGUCAUAUUAGAUUAUUAAUUCAAAUUGAGAUGUUCAAUAUAUUGUUUGAGGAUGGAUUUCAACGAAUAAUCUGGGAAAACUGUUAUGUUUUGAACAAAAAACCAGAGAAAUUAGGGUCAUUGUAGGUAUACUGCUUUUUAUUUGGAUCUUGUUUCAUGGACAGGACCAAAAUUCGAAAGCAAAAUAUGGAACUAGCAGCGGUUAUGUUUCUGGCUUUUGUAGAUAACUUCUUUUUUCUUUUGUUUUUUGAAUUAGGGUUUGGUAAUGAAGGUGGGAGUUUCCU